AAGCCCUUCAAAGGUUUCAAAGUAUAUCACAUGAUGAAUCUAAAUCAAUAUCAACUACAUCAGAACAAGCAGAUACAUCUAGUUAAGAUGCAUUAAUAACAAUAAAAGAAAAUAAGACAGGAAACAAUGGAUGCAUAUUUAAAUGAAAUUAUUCGUAAACAUAUCAAAAUUACAAAACAAGAAAGAUCUCAUAACAGGCAGAUAGUUGACGCAACUGUAAAGGAAACAUUAAAGAUAAUGCGAGAUAAAGACUCUCUAUUCAACAGUAUGAACCCAUCCAUAGCCUAUCUGGGCAGCUAUUAUGAUAGAUUGCGAGUUGGACAUGCCACAGAAUUUGAUAUUAACAUAGUUUUAAAAUUGCCGAUUAAUUAUAAGAAUAUUGUACUAAAUGCAUCCAAUAUGGAAGCUUACACUUUUGUUGAAAUGCCAUCAGAGUUUCGAAGAUUGUCUAAAAUUCCAAUAACAGCAACAAAUGGAUUUACAGAAACUAAAUUCUGGUGUGAUAGACAACACCGUUUGUCUGUCCAGAAAUUUCGAUCAUGGAUGCAAAGCGUUUUGGAUAAAGCGCUAAGUAGUUUACCUAAACGAGGUGAAAAAUAUCUAAUACAAGUGAAUAAUAAAAUGUUUCCAAUACUGGCAAAAUUAUCAGGACCCGCAAAUACUAUUAGUAUAUACGAUAAUAAUAACAUUAUUGAUAUAGAUUUAGUUCCUACCUUUACAUUUAAUUUAAAUCUAAACAAACCUAUUAAUUGUAAAGUUGAUUUCACAAAAAACGUGUUUCAUAAAAUAAAGAAAUAUUAUAUUGUACCCAAACCAACUGAUGAUGAAUAUAUAUGGAGGCUGGCAUUUCCAUCUCAAGAGAAAGCAAUAAUGUGUAAAAAGAACAAUUUUAAAAAUGCUGUGAAGUUGAUAAAGCUUUUAAGGGAUACUCAAGAAUUUAAUAAAUUAUCAAGUUAUUAUAUUAAAACAGUAUUUCUGUGGGAAAUCACAAAAAAGUCUGAUGAAUUCUGGAAAGGUUCACUCUCAGUUCUAUUGAUUCACAUGUUAAAAAUACUUCGAGAUCAUAUAAAAAGAAAAGAAAUAAGAAAUUAUUGGUCACCAAGACAUAAUUUGCUUGAAAUGAUUAAAGAAGAAACAAUGCAUAAUUGGUGUAAUAGACUAAGCUUUAUAAUUCAUGAUAUAGAAAAAAAUAAAGAAAAAAAUCCUUCUAUAGUAAUAAAACAUUUUACAAAAGCCGACGAAGGCAAGUCGUAGUGUCGACGAGCGCAUAACGAGGAUUUCAUACUCCUAAUACAAUUUUUGAAAUUUCGGUUGUAAAACAGAACCUUAGAAUUUUUAAUUAAUUAGAAAUGAAUUAGAAAAAGAGUGGCCUCUCAAAACAAAGAUACUCGUAUAGAACAAAUAGAGGAAAUAAAAAAUCAGUUAUUUCAUUUGAAAGAAAAAUGCUUAUUAUGUUAUCGAUUUGUUUGAAAAAUUUUGGCCAGUGAAGUGCGUAUGCGGUUAUUAUCUGCUGCAUUCCGCGAGAAUAUCCCGUAAAAAAAGUAUUUUGUAUAUGUAACAGAAUUACCCCAAAUUAUUUUCAUUACAUAAUCAUGGGUUAAGCCCUUAAGGCAGUAAUAUAGUUAGCGAUUCCAAUUAGAAAAAGGACUUAGAAAAAAAUAAUGUAAAAACUUUCAAGAAGAAUAAUUA